AUGGAGGCGGCGGCCAAGUCCAUCAAGAGUCUAGCCAGCAGCUUGCCCGACCGCCCGCACCACCUGUCUGUCUCGCCCGAUUCGCGCUACCACCUGCAUCCCAACGAUACCCGCCUCGAGGAGGAUGUCAUCCGGCCUCUGCAGUACAUGACCUUUCUGUUCGACGCCGAUCGCGGUCUGCUUCUCACCAGAGCCCACUCCGACAUCCGCAAGGAGGAGAGCCAUGCGCCCAAGCCCCCACGGCCCCAGUCGGACCCGAACAAGCCCAAGACCAAGCUGUCGCUGAAGGACUACAAGAGUCGCAAGCAAGAAUCCCUCCCGUCCGAGGGGUCCUCCCCCAAGAAGGCUGCCGCCGUCUCCGUCGCGACCCCGAGCGCGCCCACCGCGCCCAAGCACGCCGCCGUCAAGGACCAGCCACCGGUGCCCACCAUUAAGAAGGAGAACGGCACCUCCGCUGCCGACAGCAUGCUGCGCAAGGCUGCCAUCAACAAGGCGCAUCCCAGCCUGCCCCCCAAGCCCGACGUGCGCCGCCUCACCAGUCCCUCCCCGGAAAGAAAGAAGCGGCCUUCGGAUGUCAACGACGAGAGCAGGUCGGCCAAGCGCACCAAGAUCGAAGGCACAACACCCAAUGCCACGUCGCGUCCACCGCCCAGGCCCGACACUCCCAACAAACCGGCCGAUAAGCUGGUCGCUCAUGACAAGAAGUCGGCAAAGGAGCUCAAGCCGUCGCCUUUGCCAAACGGCAUCACGAAAUCAGCAACUAGCAACUCCAGCAGCCGCGGCGUUUCUCCGCGGCCGAAUAGCCAGGUCAACGGGUCUCAGUCCCAGAAGUCCGCCAAUAGCACCCAUGGAACACCCAAGAAGGAGAAGCCGCACAUACCGCCCUUGCUGUCACCACUUGGCGCCUCCGAUUACCCUGACAAGAAAGCAGAGCCCCGGCCGAGCCCGCUGAAGAAACAGGUGGACAAGGAUGCAAAGCUGCAAUUGAAGAAGCCACGCGACGAACACGAGCCCUCGUCAACGGCCAAGAAGUCAAGAUUGGAGAUCCCGCCUCUCCUGUCUCCCACAUUGCCACCUAUAGUCAGAGAAGCGCUGGCUGAGCAGGUUUUAAAAGAGAAGAAGCCAGGCUCGGGCAAGGAGCCGAGCCAAAAGAGCAGCUCCGCGGUGGAUUCCCCCGGCAGCAGUGCAAAGAAGUCUGUCGCAAAGCCAGCAAAGGAGGAGACGAUUCACGUUGACAGCAGCAACACCAAGAAGGAAAAGAGAGAAGAAGAGACCCCGAUGAUUGUGAGGUUAAAAUACCCGAAAAAGCUGAGCAAGACGGUGUCGAGACUUCUGGCAUUGGCUCCGAAGAAGAAGCAAGAGACUGCCAGGAGGGAUGUACCAGAGUCGACGAGGAAGGACGAACAUGCUACCAGGGAACGGUCCGACAGCCUGGAACCGCCGUCUGCGACUGCCGCCCGCAAACGCCCCCGUGCCUCAACAGAUGUCAGCGAGCAGCCGUCCGCGAUUAAGCGCCCGAGAACGGCGGAGCCGCCUCAACCUUCAACGCCGUCCAAGCACAGUUCCGCCAUGCAGCGGGUGGCUUCGAGCAGUUCUCAGGCCGGUACACCGGGUGGCACAAACGUCACCCCGGCAGGCGUCAACACGGAUCGCCGGUCUGCAUCGGUGGACCCGGAAAGAGCGAACAGGCUUAGGAAGCAGCACUCUGACCUGGUGGCCAUUGGCACAAAGCUCAAACACAAGCGAGAUCGCAUCGUGAAACCGAGGGACGGGGCGUCCACGUCCACGAAUCCCACGACGAAAGAGCGCAACGCUGCCAUGGCGGCCGUGAUCCAGUCUACGGUGGCCUACAUGACAGGCUUCAAAGCGCAGGACGAGGCGCGGGAGGCUGAGCGCAAACAGCGCGAUGCUAGUCAGUGGCGCAGUUUGAUGCCGCUGAUGCGCGUGUAUAAAUCCGACUGCAUGCAAUCGAGCCCAGUCUUUGCGCUUUUCAUGAGAUUGCACGCCAUAUCCCUUGUGUGGUAUAGCAAAACGUUGGUGGCUAUGGGUCCCGAAAACGCCAACACGGCACGCGAACUAUUCGGGGUCAUGAGAGAACAGGAGCAAGCGUGGAGAUUAUCAGAAGAGUCCAGGAGGAAAAUCGACGGCGGUCAAGCCGGAGACGACCCUGGCCCUGUUGCCAGGAUAAUUGAUCGACUUGGGCCAUGGUCACAGUCUGAGGACGUGGUGAUGGCGACCGUCAAGAUACUUAAGAAGGCCAUCCGUCUCGAUGACGAGAAAUUCAUGCCUGAGCCGGACCUUUUGUCAGUAUUCGACACGGCGAACGGCUCGUAG